AUGGAUGCUCUCAUAGUAGAACUUCAGCGAACUGCAAGGAAGCCUCCCCAAAAAGUUCCGGUCACUACUGAACCUCCAUCUGAAAGUGAUCUAGAUGACUCAGCCUACGCUUUACUCCCAAAGAAGCGAAAAAGAAUAGAUCCAUGGCCGAGAGUGUUUAUCACAGACCCAGUUCAAAAGAAUUCUACUUCGUUUGAGCCUGGUUCUAUGGCUCAAAACCUUCAAAGCACAUUCAAUGAUUCCUCUCCAAUGAUUCUAGAAAUAUCAAGCCCGUUACCUGAGCCUACUCCUAUGGAUCAGGAUUGA